AUGGCCAACGGAAACGACGAGGGGCGGGAUUCAGCUCCCGACCUUAGGAUCCUCGGCGACUCGAUCACGCUCCAGCCCAGCGGAUAUGUCGAACCGCCAGCCGGAGCGCGCGAUGCGGAGAAGGAGGAGGCUCUUAUGAAGCACAUGGCACGCUUCCGAUCCGAACCGCUACAGUUCCUCCGCGAAGUAUCCCUCUACGUUUCCGGCACCGGCUGGCGCGCCUACGACAACUUUAUCGGCCAACCGAUUUUCUACCCGGGCUUCUCGGAACAGAUGGCCGCGCAGGUCCUUUCGGCCCCGCUGCUCCGCUCGCGCAUCUCCCAGCUCGCCGAGAAGCGGCUCGCCAACGAGGAGAAGGAGGGAUGGUUCCGCAAGGGCGACCCGGAUUACGAGGUCCGCCGAGCGCACAGGCGGGCCGAGCUCGAGACGUGGCUGCAGGAAGUAGCCGAGAAGUGGACCGACAACAUGAUCUGCAAGUUCGAGAGCAAGAUGUUCAUCCGCAGCGCUUAUUACAUGGUCACCCAGCUGCUCACGCGCGCCUACCACCAGGGUAUUCACGUCUCCAGUGAAGAGGUUUUGAGGCUGAGGAGGGUCGCGCAGGAGGCGGAGAAGAAAAAGCGGAGCAUAAUAUUCCUACCAUGUCACCGCUCCCACGUCGACUAUGUCUCCCUGCAGCUCAUCUGCUACAGGCUCGGCCUUGCCCUCCCUGUCGUGGUUGCCGGCGACAACCUCAACUUCCCGUUGGUGGGGAGCUUUCUGCAGCAUGCGGGCGCCAUGUGGAUCCGUCGGUCAUUUGGUGACGAUCAGCUGUAUACCACGUUGGUGCAAACCUACAUCGACACGCUGCUGCAAAACGGUCACAACUUUGAGUGUUUCAUCGAGGGUGGCCGAUCUCGCACCGGGAAAUUGCUCUCGCCGAAAUUUGGCAUUCUCAACUUCAUUGUAGACAGUGUGCUAUCGGGGAGGACGGAGGACGCAAUCAUCUGCCCUGUCAGCACACAAUAUGACAAGGUCAUCGAGACCGAGGGUUAUGUCACAGAGCUUCUCGGGCAGCCUAAACAAAAAGAAAACCUCGCUGAUUUCUUGACCGGAGGCUCUUCGGUAUUGUCGCUUCGACUCGGCAGAGUCGACGUGCGGUUCCAUGAGCCCUGGAGUCUGCGUGGUUUCAUCGACGAGCAGCUAUCAAGGCUCAUUGGCGUCCCCAAAACAAUUGGCACAGACAUGACCAAAGAGAUUACGCCCACGGUCAGGCAAAAACUGCUGCGCACACUCGGCUACAAGGUUUUGUCAGAUAUCAAUGACGUCUCGGUUGUCAUGCCCACUGCUCUUAUUGGUACCGUGCUCCUGACUCUUCGAGGCCGUGGUUGCAGCAAAGGAGAGCUCGUAAGGCGCGUCCAGUGGUUGACGGCACGCGUGAGGUCCAAGGGUGGUCGGGUUGCACACUUUGGCAACGCCUCGCUUGAUGAAGUUAUUGAGCGUGGACUUGACGUACUAGGCAAAGACCUAGUCGGCACGAUAGAGGGCCUCACGGAGCCUGUAUACUACGCUGUCGACCGCUUCCAGUUGUCUUUUUACCGCAACAUGACCAUCCACCUGUUCAUCGCCGAGGCCCUGAUCAGCGCGGCCAUGUACGUCCGCGUAAAGCGUGGCGGCGGGCCAGAGAUCCAGGACAUCUCGUAUACUGAACUGCACGACCAUGUGCUGUUCUUGUCGUCCUUGUUCCGUGGCGAGUUCAUCUUCUCGGGCGAGGGCUUGACGGUGAGCCUGGACAAGACGUUGAAGAGCCUCGAAGCCGAAGGCGUCAUUGUGUUGCGACGGGCGGCAGACGGAGUGGUGGACAAGGUGGGUCUCUCGGACCAGGAGAGGCAAGCCGGUCGUGAGAAUUACGACUUUUACUGCUUUUUGAUAUGGCCGUUCAUCGAGUCGAGCUGGCUGGCGGCCGUGUCACUGAUGGGAUUGACGCCCCCACCCGGAGCAAGCUCGGAUAUCUGGAUCGAGUUUGCAAAGGCGCUAAACAGCGCGCAGCUGCUCGGCAAAGAUCUAUACCACCAAGGCGACCUGAGCUACUUUGAGGCAGUCAACAAGGAAACUCUGAAGAACUCGUACCAGCGCUUCGAGGAAGAAGGGAUAAUUCAGAUCGUCAAGUCCAAGGACCCCAAGAUUCCACCGCGGCUCCGGCUCAGUCCGGAUUGGACCCCGCAGCGCGAUCCCACGACGGGCGCGCUCACGCCGUCGGGGCGCCUGUGGGACUUUACAGAAAAGAUCGCGUCCAGCAGGCGCGAGGGCAAGAACCGCCGUGACGGCGCCACGGUUAGCACCAGGGUCCUCAGGCUGACGGACCUUCUGGGCCAGAGGCUCCACAACGACGCCAUCAGCAGCGAAGGCAAGAAGGGUUCCGCGCCGGCUCGGCUGACGAACGAGGAGAAGGCGGCCCUCAAAAAGACCGUCAAGGUGGAGAGGAAGCGUAGGACGCUGGAGAACAGGGCGCGGUUAUAG